AUCUGUCAUUAAGAUAAAUGGAAGUUGACCGUUUCCAACAACUUGUGGCUAUAUUAUCAGUCUUCAUGUUUAUGUUUAUCCAGUGUCUUACGAAGGAGAGGCGGUUUACCGUCCCAAAAAAUGCUCCGUUGUGUUGCCGGAAAGCUUCUACAAUGAAAUAAAGAAAACAAAAUAACAGGAUUUCUUAUUCAACAGCUGAAAAGCGUAUGGUGAUCCUCAAGGAAAAGCUAAUCAGUGUUAUUUCCCUGUUGCAUGAAAUGUAGCGUGGCUAGCUAACCCUAACCCAGUCAAGCAUGGAGGCAGAAAAAGGAUGUGCGCACUUUUCGAGCCCGCUAGUAUUGUUCUGUUUUUUGUCAAAGUAUUAGCUAGUUAUCAUUAAUGUUUUUACGAAAAUGGCUUAUGUUUAUCGGCUAUAUUGUUCUGUCCGACCGACAGAUGUUAUUUAAAUUAAUAUAUAGACAUACAUAUGACCUAUUGUUCAGAAGAUUAUGCUUUGGAUUUUUCCGUUUUACACUUGCUAUUGACGACUUAUUUACGUGGUUUGAUUUGUUAGCUGAUUUAAGACUGAUUGUAUCUGAAUAAUAUGAAAAUGUGUUUUUGAAAUGUUAAGUCGAAUCAGUAUUAAACGCAUAACUGGGAAGAUCUGAGUACAGCGUCAAGAAACACGUGUGGUUUACGUGGUUCCCACGUUGGAUUUGGCACACGUCGGUUAGAGAGACAGAGAACUUCUGGUUUUCUGGCAUCGUAUUGAUUAAUGUCCUGAGAUUUGAUUCCGAAACCUAAGUCAGCACCUAAUUUUGUGAGUGGGGAUAAUGAAGUAUAUAGUAUAAAUACUGCUUGUAGUAGUAUAUAGCCACUAUAGUACAUACCGUAGUAAGCUAUAAUGAAAUAGUUUAGUCACUUUAAUUUUAAGGUAUCUACAUAUAGGGUAAAAUGUCCUGUUAAACAAAAGUACUGUAAAAGAAUGAUCAAGCUUAAAUCUAGCUGAUAUGCUCUUUGUUUUCUCCUCCCGCUGACUUGGUGAAAAGAGCAAACUGAACUUAAAUUAGCACCAGUUAGUUUGGCUGCUGUGUUGCUCACUCAUUACAAAAAGGUAAUGCCUCGGAGAAGUCCAGUAAAUGCUGGUGUGGACCAGAUUGCUGCUGGCCUUUCAGACUGUGUGACUACGGAGGGCCUUAGGGGCUGUUUGUCCAGUGAGGUCAUACAAGGCCUGCGUUCAGAAUGUGCUGCGCUGUGGUUCGACUGUGGCAUGUACGAGAGAGCGGAGAGCCACUACUAUGUCAAGCUGCAAGAGCAUCAGAAUGGGACCACUGCUCCUGCAGUCACCAGGAACAAGCAAGAAACCUGUCACCAUGGUGACCAGGAGGCCUGUCACCACGUGGUUCAGACUGUCUGGGUGAAUAAGCCCAUCUUUGACCAAGCUGAAAGCCAUUUUGUAGCCCAGUAUCCCAAAAAGACAAAUUCAGUGACCACACCCAGUUCUCUCCAGGUGUCACCUGCUAGCCCCUCCUCCAGUACAUUAUGUGAUGAAGGCUACCUUUCUCAAACCCCAACUCCUGCCACUCCUGCUUCAAGAGCAAUCAACGGCCUCCCCUUUCUGCCUGCACCACUCCAUGGGGUGUGGCUUCAGAAACCUCUGUAUGACAGGGCAGAAGCAGCUUUCUAUCAGAACCUGUACCGUAAAACUGAGCCCCAUUACAAGCCCAUUGCAAAUGACGAAGACCAAGUACGUGGCACCAUCGUCAAGGAAACCAAACUUGACAGCACAGAGCAGCAGAAACAUCACAACAAUGGCAUCAAGAAAAAAGAAGACAGAGCCUGGUGUCACUUUCUGCAUGCGGACAGUGAGAGGGUGUGGCUCGACUGCAGUCGCUAUGUGGAAGCGGAGACUCGUUUCUACGAAACUAUUGCUGCCAAAACCAACCAAUCUGCCAUAGUCCACUCUAGCGCAUCACUGAAGUAUGACUUAGUACUCAAGUAUACACUUGCACUUUUGUACCCAAAUGUACACCUGUAAAUUGCACGCACUUUGAUCACACACAUGUAGCUCUUUUUAAAUUGGGCAGUGACAUUCUUGUCAGUAAGAUAGUCUGGGUAAAUAUGGAUGCAAUAAUCUGAUCCAUAUUCUUCUUUGCUGCAGCCUUAUAUUCUAUUAAUUUUCUGUUUUUAUAUCGUUUCUUUGUUCUGUUCUUGUAGUGCAAUUCUUUGUUCUUAUUUUUUGACUUCCUUUUUGGCCUCCUCCUUUUUUGUUCUUUAUGUUUACAGCACUCUUGUUUUCACCAAUUUUUUGUGUUUGUAUUUUGUGUGAUGUUUGGUUUUGCUGGCAUUAUGUGAUUUGGAGAUGUAAAGGUGCUACUCAAAAGACACAAGGGUAUUACCAUUAUAAGUGUGCUGAUUUAUUGCUUGUAGU